AUGGAAGUUGAUUGGAAAGAAACUUUUGAAGAAAUAGUAAUAUCUUUAAAACAUGAAAAAAAAACAAAAGGUACUUUGUUUGAAACUGCUAUUUAUAAUAAUACCUAUUUAGAUACGAAUUGUUAUGAAUUUGAAAAAAAUAUUUUAAUAACAGAAGUAUAUAUAAAAAUCGUUCAUAAUAAUAACACAAUAAAUUUAGACUUAUAUGAUAAAAUAAGUGUUAAAAAAGAAGAUAUACAAAUAAAAAAUAAUAAUCAAUACAUAAUUUUAAUUUUAAAAAAAAAGGAAAAAAAAUUAUGGGGGCAUCUAUAUUUCUUUUCUAUGUUUGUAACCUAUAAAAAUUAUGUAUACCCAAACUUAUUAAAAUGCACAAAAGAAGAAAAAGAUAAAAUUAUUUCACUAGAACAAAAAUUCAAAACUUUAAUUAAUAACAGAAGAAUUCAAAGUAUAGACCACCUUAAAAAAAUAUUAAAAAAAAAUAAGCUACAUAACGACGAUUUUUAUAAACAAUUGAAAGAUGAUGCACAAAAAAUACAAUGGGAAUUAGAAAAAAAAAAAAUUGAGGAUUUUAAAAUUCAAAAAGAAUCUGUAAAAAAAAGAGCAGUAGAUACAAUUUAUGAAGAACUCGACGAGAAAAAUGAAGCAGAAAGUGUCUUAUAUAGCGAAAUAGACAAUAACCAAAACAAGCCUAGAAAAAUUGAAUCAUUAUUUCUAGGAAAUGAUAACACAAAUAAAGUAAUAAAGUUAAAUUUUACGGAACUAAAAACGAAUCAACGUCCAGCAAGAGAAUCCAGAAAUUUAAAAAAACCCUUAGCAAAUUACUCAUCAACAAAAAAUUUCUUUUUGAUUGUGCUAAUUGAAAAAGCUAAGAAACUUUUUUUUAAAAACUCCGAUUUUUCAAGUUCCCUUGAGACAUUGAAAUCAGUAAAGGAUAAUAUUCAAUCAGGUGCAGAACUAAUCUUGAACGAACACAUAAAAGUUUUAAGCAAUUUAUCCUUAUUAUAUCUCUUAAAAAAUGAUAUAAAUAAUUGCAUUGAUUGCUGUGAUAAAUGUGUAGACUUAAUAAAUGAAGAAAUUAAAAAUUACGACACUGAAGAUGCAUAUAUUGAUGAAGAUACAAUUAAAAAUAUUACACCAUCUAAAAUAAUAAAUUCAUUAGAUGAUAUUAAAAGCAAAAAUUAUAUUCAGUAUUUGUACAUUAUAUAUGCUAUUGUUGUUGUAAGAAAAAUAUAUGCUAUGAUAAAAAAAAGAGAAGUUAUAGAAGAGGUAGAAAAAUGUUUUAACUCCAUAAAGGAUAUAAAAAAGUUUAUACCUCGUUACUUUUAUCAAAAUAUAGAAAAUGAUAUUUUCAACUUACAAAAUUCUUAUUCAUUAGACACUUUGCUCCGUGCUCAAGUAUCUGGAAUUGACGAAAUAAAGGAGCACCUACUAAAAAUAAAUAAUCUAAUCGAUGAUAAAAGGAUACCACAAGAUGCGUCUUUAAAUUUUUACAUAUACCUGAAAAGAUCAUUUUAUUUAAAAAAUCUAAAUAUGUUUUAUACAAAUAUUAUAAAUAUAUUUUUAACACUUUUUUGCAUUAUAGAUAAACAAAACAAAAUAUAUAGCUUUUUAUAUAAUGUCGAUGGAUUCAACCUGACACAAUUUUUACUUGAUAUAUUCGAGUAUAUUUUGUUACUAAAAAAUAAUAGUAUUCUUUCAUCAAAGGUUGUAGAAAUGGAAAAUUUAAGAAACCAAGUAAAGGAUAAUCAAAUAUAUCAAUCAAACUACCAUAUAAUCAAUGAGGAAAUUAUUUCUGUUUUAAAAAUUUUACUAACACAAGAUUAUCACAGUGAAUUCCAAUCAGCUUUAAUUAGCAGCAUAGCGUUAAACAAAAUUAUGAACUUAUUUAUAAAUAAAAAUGAUGACGAAAUAUGCAAAAAGGGAGAGAUUCAUAAUAAUGAUCAUAUCUCAAUAAAUGAACAAAAUGAGCAACCUCAAGGAAAUGAUGAGACAAAUCAAAAUACAAUAAUGGAUACAUCGCAAAAAAUUUCAUUAUCGUAUUCAAAUAUUUAUUUCAAAAAUAUUUUAUAUAAAAUAAAAAAAAAAAAUGUAACGAUGAAAAAUGUAAAAUAUCCCAGUUUGAAAACAAACAAUUUGGAUAUAGAAAUAUAUUCAAACGAUGAAAAUUAUAGGAAAAAGUUAGAAAAUAUGUCUGAACUUUUAAAAGUCAAUAUAGCAAUAAAAAUUAUAAAAACAAUAUGCUAUUCAUUAAAUUUGAUACAAAAAAUAUAUAAAGAAAGUGUACCAGAUAAAAUUCAUUUACGAAAUGUUAUGCAUGUCUUAUUAAUAGAUCUUUCUUACUCUAUUUGGAAAUCAAAUAAUUUAUCUAAAACUGAAAAUAUCGUCAGUCUUUUAUUUUUGUACCUUAAUUUUUCUUUUAUUUAUAAAUAUGAGACUAAUGAAUUUAUUAUUGAUACGCAUUUUAAAAAAAAAGAGAACUCAAACAAUUUUAUGAUGUUAAAGGGUAUACAAUCGGAAAAUCAUGAUACUAACACUGGUGAAAAUAUUUCUACGGAUUAUAUAAAGCAUAUUGUAGAGCAAACAUUUAUUCAUAAUUUUUUUGCUGAUUAUAAAAAGUACAUAGAAUCCGAGAAAAAAAAAGAACAACCUAAAAAAACACAAACAUCGCAUUGCUACAACCAUAACAAAAUGAUCUUAAAUACGUUGUAUUUAAUUAAAAAAAUAAAAAAUAAUAUAAACAAAAGAAAAAAAAAUAUCAAAAUUAUCGAUAUUAAAAGAAAAUUUCUCAAUAAUAAAUUUCCAGAAGAAAUAUAUCAUCAAAUAAUCCCUUUUUUGAAUAAUCAAAGUUAUUAUCUUAUUUCGAUUCAAUAUAGCAUAUUACUAUUAAGUUAUAAUUACAAAUUCACAAUUACAUCCUCAUUUAGUUUAGAAUAUCUUAGCGUUUUAAAAAAGUAUUUUACUAUGUCUUUUUUUCUUAAAAAUGACCAAAAAAAGGAUGCAGAUAUGGAUAAAAAUAUACCUAUAAUAUAUCAGUAUCUUCUGAAAAAACAUUUAUCAUAUUUUACGCAACCGUGUUCCAUUCAUUUUAAAAACAAAAAGCGAGGCACAUUUUUACAACAAUAUAAUACAGAAAAUUCUGAAAAAUACUUAAUUUCAUAUAUCCAAUCAGUUAUACGAAAAUACAAAAAGCUUACGAGAUAUAUGGAUGUUUUGGCUCUUGAUUUUCAUAUGUUAAAUUGCUUCUUACAAUUUAGCGAGCAAAAUUUAUCCCCUCAUUCAUUGAUUAAUAAAGAAAACCCAGAUUUAUGCUAUUUUGAUCAUAAAAUGAUACAAGAAAAUUCAUUUGAAGCAUUUAGCAAAUGCAACUUUAAAGAUGUUGUUAAGUAUUAUUUCAUGAAAUUCUUAAAGGUGAAGAUUAUUAUUUUAAAUACGAAAUCCUUUCCUUAUUAA